UGCAUUCCCAACGCGCACGCCCGACCAUGCACCGCGCGACGCCAGGCAGCGCCCGGAAGGGCCGUCGCGAGAGCGGGUCGCCGGGCUUUGAGACGCCGCCGCUCAUGGUGCGCCAGCGCCUUGCGUCCCAGGAGAGCGUCGAUCCGCCCUUUCAGCGAACGCUCUUCCGCGACGACGUGAGCGGCGCGUAUGGCUCCAUGCUCGACGAGGACGACGACGAGGACGACGAUGAGGAUGGCGAAGCGUACGAGUCUGAGGACGAGCACGCGGCCAUGCAGCGCAUGGCAAACCGACCACUUGGCAAGAAGCGCCUGCCGUGGUACCGGACCAAGCCAUCUAUGCGGGCAGCAGUGGACGGGCUCGCACGCGUCAUGGGGUAUACAUGGCUCUUCUUGCCGGUUCUCUGUCUUGCCGUGGCCUUUAUCUAUCCACAGUACUUGAUCAGCGUCGUCCAGUCGUCGUCCGGCUCGUUGACGUCGCACGGCCACAGCCAAGCUCAAGCCAUCUCGACCAUCCAAGUGCAUGUAGAUGCAAUGAUCCACGAUAUGGACGCGCUCAAGAAGGCGCAUCGUGAUCAGUCGAGCAAAAUGAACCAACUGCUCGUCCUCCACCAGCAGACGACCAAGACCGUCGAGCACAUGGCUGGCGCCGAGCAUUCCUCAACGGAGCCGAUUCCACGCUCCGUCCUGGAGCACAUGGAAGAGAUGGUGGCUGGCGCAGUCCAAAAGGCUCUUCUGGGCAUGACAGCUGACGUCCAGAGCAUGCUGGCCCCGCUCGAGUCGACAAUUGCGUCCCUCUCGGGGCAAGUGAGCACUCUCAAAGAGAGCAGUCGUGCCCAGGACACCCGGCUCCAGUCAACCGAAACGAUCGUUGCUGCCUGGGAUACGAAGAACCCCCGACCGGAUGCGGCCGACUACUCGGAGGCGCAUGUGCAGCUCGCCCAAGAAAUGGCGCGCUUCAAGGCCGACUUGGCGACGUGGAUGCGGGAAGAAACGAGCCGCGUCUCGAGUGAGCUCCGGACGACUCUUGCAAGUAGUACAUCGUCCAGUCCAGGACGCAUCGACUAUGCGAGCCGUGCCAAUGGCGCCCGCGUUGCCAUGUACAAGAGUGAUUUCUUUGGGUCGUGGGUCGAAGCGCUCUUUAUGAAUUGGAUGUCGCCAGCCCCGUACACGUCGCCGUCGUACUCGGACUUUCCGCUCUGCUCGCUUCUGGGCACCUCGUGUCCGCUCACGAGCUCCAACCCCGAGACUACGAUUACGGACAGUCCACUGGGGCAACCCCCCAACUGCUGGAGUCUCCAAGGGUCCUCUGGGAAGCUCACCAUCCACUUUCGAGAUGCGAUUCUGGCCGACACGGUGCAACUGUACCGUCCCGAGACCACCGACAGUGCUGGAACGAACGCGUCGACUGCUCCAAAGAUGUUUCAAGUCACGGGACUCGCCCUCGAUCCUGUCCUGCAGCGCGUUCUGUCGGUCGACUUGGGCACCUUUGAGUUUGCAGCCGGCGGGCCGUCGACGCAGGAGUUUGCAUUAAGUGGCCUCGCUGCACGAACCCCCGUCGACGGCGUGACGCUGCACAUCCUCUCCAACCACGGCCACGACAAGUAUACAUGCCUCUAUCGCAUCGGCGUCUUUGGCCAAAAGCUCUAAUUCCACCACCCUCUCUUUCAAGGUC